AUGUCCGCAGAACCGCCCACCUUCAUCAGCACCACCACAGUCUACUCCCUCCUCUCCACGGUCGCAAUCCUGCUUACCGCCUACCUCGCAUCCCUCACGCUCCUCCCGCGCUCCACCUCCACCAAGAUCCGUCUCCUCUUCAUCUGGCAUGCCUUCGACGCCCUGAUCCACUUCCUGCUCGAAGGCUCCUAUCUCUACAACUGCUUCUUCAGCUACACCACAACCCUCACCGACCUCGCCAACCUCGACUCCAUCCCAGCAUCUCCCUACCUUCCCCCGAGCAUCUACUUCCUCGGCCACCACGAUCGAAUUUACGGCUCCGAAUAUGGUAAUAACCCUUUCGCAAAGUUGUGGAUGGAGUAUGCAAAAGCAGACGCACGGUGGAGUGGGAGUGAUUUGACCAUUAUAUCGUUGGAACUGUUGACCGUGUUUAUUGCCGGGCCAAUGGCAGUCUAUAUCUGCGACUGUCUGAGGAAGGGAAAGCCUGAGGUGUGGUUCUGGAUGAUUGUGCUAGCUACUGGAGAGCUGUACGGUGGCUUCAUGACUUUCGCUCCCGAAUGGUUGUCUGGUUCGCCGAACCUCGAUACCUCCAAUUGGAUGUAUCUGUGGCUGUAUUUGGUCUUCUUCAAUGCUGCGCUGUGGGUCGCGAUCCCGGUGUGGAUAUUGUACGAGGCAUUCGGGAAGAUCUCUGGAGCACUGAGGUUGCAGGAACGACAGCGACAGAUUGAGGUUGGGAAGAAGGCGAGGUAG